AUGGCGCAUUAUGCGAUUGAACAAGAUCUCCGUGAUACUGCCUCCUCUUCAAGAAAAUAUACAUACAGAGACAAUCGUGUCGAGACGCACGACCGUCUUGUUCGAGAUUACUUUGCCGAGAAACCGAAAUUUGAUGAGAAUUUUUUUAGAACACGGUUUCAGAUGAGUAGACGAUUGUUUGUAAAGAUAACUACAUAUUUGGAAAGCAAUUUUGAAUAUUUUCAAAUGAGGGUUGACGGUCGUGGGAAAAUGGAGUUCUCGGCUUUACAGAGGUGCACAUCUACCGUUCGCCAGUUAGCAUACGAUAGUAAUCCCGACAGUUUAGAUGAUUACUUAAAUAUGUCAGAAAGAUCGUCGUAUGACACCCUUAAUUCUUUUUGUGAUGGAGUCAUUAGAUUAUACCGGCAUGAAAAUUUACGUAGGCCAACGCGUAAUGAUACGCAACGCAUUUUGAAUCAUCAUGCGUCUUAUCAUGGUUUUCCCGACAUGUUAGUGGCUUGGCGUGGCCAGUACACGCGAGGUGAUCAUAACGGGUCGACGAUAUCGCUUGAAGCAGUGGCGUCACAGGAUUGUUGGAUUUGGAACGCAUACUUUGGUGUUGCCGGUUCAAACAACGACCUUAAUGUGUUGAACCAAUCUCCUUUGUUCAAUGCCUUUGAAGACGGCACAGACCCGCUGGUUCCUUUCACUGUAAAUGGAACCGAAUAUAAUUACCCGUAUUUUCUCGUAGAUGGGAUCUAUCCAAGAUAUGCGAUAUUUGUGAAAACAAUUUCCCAUCCAACCGGUGAGAAAAGGAUUCGAUUUGCUAAGGCACAUGAGGCUGCAUGGAAGGAUGUGGAGCGAGCUUUUGAAACAACGAAUAUGUUUCUUCGUGUUUCGAGACCUUGUGGCAUGGUGCUUCUAUUUCCUAAACGUGUUGCUCGCAUUGUUGUCUCUUCUUCCGUAGGGGAAGUUCGACAAGAUUCAAAAGUUGUGGCUUGUGCGGUCAUCACCUUGAAUGAGUUCAUCAAAACUACCAAAGGAGUUUAUGAGAUGAAGAAAUAA